GAUUGGCCCAGAUCCCUGUCAAUCGGCAGGCCCCACCAUCCUGCCGGCAGGCUGGCUCCGCCGUGCAGAGGGGAGGAUGGAGCUGCCUUUUCCGGACGGCUAGCCCCAGACGGCCGCGUUCCCGGAGCCUGCCCUUGAAGGCCGGGACAGCCCCGCACUCUCAGCGCCCAUCUCCCGGGCCAUUUUCUCCUGCACUCCUUGCAGUUUCUCGCCUGUGGGCGCGCCGGCGUUUCCUGGCCGGCCGGGGCGCCGCCAUGGGGUGCUCGCCAUGCUGAGCGGGGGGAGGGAGGGUCUCUUCGAGCUGGGCGGCCGGCUCCAGCAGCAGGGCGAGUCGCAGGCGGCGCUGCACUGCUUCCUCAGCUGCCUGCUGGGGCUGCCCCACGUCCACAGCUUCCCCUUGCUGCCCAACUGUCUGCACCAGAUCGCAGAGCUUUUCAUCGAGGAGAAGAACUAUGUGAAGGCGCUGCAGUUCAUCCAGGCGGAGAAGAUGUUCUACGAGGUGGCGCUGAUUGAGCUCACCGCCCUCCAGGGGGCAGCAGGUACGCAGGACUCGCCGGCUUCGCUGGGUUCCGCCGCAUGGGACCGACCCGAGGAGGAACUGUCGGAGCUGGCCUCCCAGGCGCAGGACUAUGAGAGACUGGCCCAGCUGUGCAUUAUGAGCAAAAGACCUCAUCUCGCUCUGGAGUACAGUGGUAAGGCCACUAAAAUCCGUCAGAAAGUGUUUGGCAAUGACCACCCCAUCACCGCCAGGAGCCUGGAGCUGCUUGCCUCCGUCUAUGCUGAGAUUGGGAAGACCGAGUAUUCAGACUCGCUCGGCCAGUGCGUGACGGCACUGUCAAAGUCGAUGACCCCCACCGAGGCCUUUAGCCACGCCUCCCGCAGCACGGCCUCCAGUCACAGAGAGCGGCGCUCCGACGUGCGACACCAUCACAGGAAGGAGCCACACCCCCUACCGGAAGUGCCCGUGACAAAGAUCACCACUUGCAAAUUUCCGCCCUCCAUCCUGAAGCGGUCCAACCUGAGUGGCAGCGACUUAGAAGCCACCCACAGACGGCGAUCAGAGCGGCGAGUUCGCUUCAGGGAGCCCGAGAACGUCGUACACGGGUAUGACGCUUCUCCUGCCCGCCCACACCUGGCGCCACUGGCCUGCCUCUUCCUGCUGCUCUCCGUCCUGGGCGUGAUGCUGUACUGCAUGGGCCGGCGGCGGCCGCUGCGUACCUGCGAGGAGCUGGAGGCCAUCCUGGCCGUCUGCAUCCUGCAGGUGAAGCAGCUGGUGUGGGGCUGCUGGGUCUGGCUCACCAUGCAAUGACCCUGAUCCACCAGGAGGGGGCACCCCAGAGCUCAGCUCACUCCCUGCCCGCCGCUCAACCAAAGUCUGCAGAGGGCAUGAGCCUCACGUGCAGGCCGUUCACAUACAGUAUCUGCGGGAGGUGCUGUGACAGGCGUUAUAAGGGCCUGAAGCUGUGUUCCCUUGCAACUACAUGUAGAGAAACAGAAGCAUAUUCUCAGAAUUAUGUAGCUGUUAUGGAUGUGUAAAUAUUUUAGCUGUGGGUAUGUCAUGUUUAAGUUUUUAGAGAGCUAGAAACUGUGGCAUUUAAAGACUUACGCAUGCUACUGAAGAUUCAUUCGCUUGCAUUGCAUUUCGUGUAAAUAUCUUACAGAUCCGACGCAGUACACUAUAUGUAUCGACUCACGCUACCAGAACAUCCGGUUUCCAACACACGUUAUGGCAUAAAGUAGCUCUGUUGUGGAUUUAUUGUGGAAAACAGAAAAAACCCAGAAAAGCUUUGAGAGGCCGUGUCACCGUCAAACAAGCACAAACAUCCCGCGUUCCGGUAACGGAAACAGGCACAAAGCCACUUAAACCGCAUUGGGUCCGACACUAUGGGCGACGGCCUGAUCUGCUCACGGUGUCUAGACCCCUCCCACUUCGACGGUACCUCGAUUUUAGCAGCUGAUUCAUGAUUCCCAGCGGCCAGCAUGCAAAAAAACUCCAAGUGUAACAUUUAUUGACGGUGCGCGGCCUGCGAGUGCGAAAGCAAGGAGCCGGGCCAAUCGAAAGCCAUUUAGCAAUUUUGUUCUUCGUAGGUCUAGUGAUUGGAAUGACACCCAACAUGAAGGUACAUACGCAGUGUGCAUUAUCUGCAGUGUUCCAGUGCACAUCCCCACCUCUUUUGAUUUGCAGCCUUUUGUAUAAACUUCACUGUGUUCAUUUUUCUAUUUUUUUUUUUAAUUUCUCUGAUAUUCAGGUUUUAAUCCUAUUAUCAGACAUUAAUGGUGUAUUUGGGACUGGUGAACUGCUGUGAAAUUAUCAUAUCUGGAUCAUAUAAAGCACAGUAAGAGCAACACAAGAAAUUGCCAUAUUCCAGUUUACUGGCAUGUGACAUCCUGUCGUCUGUAGCAAACAUCCUUUCAGUACCUUGACAGUUUGUAUACUACAAGAGGCCCAAAUCCCUGCGUAACACAGGUACCGGUUACAUGUGUAGCUGAGGUGCGCGUCUUCUUUGUUAUCCUGACGCAGUGAAGCGCGUCACAUGCAGGAGGGCACACACGGUACCGUAGCGUGACAUCACCCACUCAUGCUUGCGUCUAUCAGUGUUCGUGUCCUCAGAGACCGACUGCUGUUGACAGACUUGAAAGCAUUCAGACACCGAGAAAAGCACUUUGGUUUACAGCCAUGUACGACUUUAAUUUAAGAGCAAUAAUACAUGUAAGUUUUGAUAAAUGUCACCACGGGUUUCAGGGAACAGACUGGUACAGAUUAGUAGGAAGCCUUUGUCCUUUAAUUCAAAGCAAUAUGCGACAGCGGCGAGUGCCGUGUGCCGCGUCAACGUCUGGCUGCCGCGCAAACGUCCGCCCGCCUGGCCGCUUCCCGCCGGUUCAGGCACCGCCCUGCUUCUCCGCCCCGGUGUCUGUGGCACUGCUCACGGGAUGUACGCAGCCACUUUCCAAAGAAGUGCCUUUCGUCAGCUACCCUUACACACCCCCCCCCCCCCGCUAUGAUAAUUUUUUUUGUUUAUCAAUUUUUUUUGUCUGUAUCAUUUUCAAUAAAGGACCGGCAUUGCAAACACA